AUGGGUAUGGAAUCUUUAGAACCAGAAUUAAUUAUAUUAGCUUUUUCCGAAGAUAAUGUUGAAUCGAAAAUUGAUAUGUUACAUCAAAGAGCAAGUGUAAUGGCAGCUUCAAAUCAAUCAUUAUUAUGGGGAACUUAUAGACCAAAUUUAUAUUUCGGUACAAAGCCACGUUUGCCUGAAUCUUUAUUGACAGGAUUAAUGUGGUUUGGAAUUGAGAAUAUCUCCGAUUUUAAACAUAUUAGACAUUCUUGUGAUCAAAGAGACGAAUUAGAUGAAUAUAGUUUUAAAAAACAUGAUGGUCGUAAUUUCGCUAUACAAACUAUAACUGAUAGUAAAAAUAACGUUAAAUUAAAAACUGAAUUAUUAAAAAUCCCGGGAGGAAAUCAUGGUGGUGAGUGGGCGAUUCGUAUAUCCGGAAAUCCGAUAAAUGACAAAGUACCUUCUAGAAUUUCAAUUCUUUAUUAUUUUGGACUCGAAGGAGAUGGUUCAAUCGAAUUAGUUAAUUCAUUGAAUAAAAUGGGUUUGGAUAGUCCAGUCGAACUUAAAGGAGAAACUCCAGAAUUAGGAAAAUUCUCAAUUAAGAUCCUCAAUGAUUUAAAUAAUAAGGUGCCGACGAAUAUUCCUCCAGGAGUUCCAGCAUCAACUAAUCUAUCAAAAAUUCAAUAUUGGGGACUUUUAGUUCCUGAAAAGGAUGUUUGGCGUGCAAAGGAACUAUUACAAGGUCAUCUGUUUAUAAAGUACGAAAAAACCAGAGAUAAGUCACAAGAAGGUCAUAUUCCUCCACCACCGUAUUUAUUUUCAUUGGAUAAUGAAGUUAGAAAGGAUUCAAAUUUCUUUAUUUUUCAAAAUAUGGUUGAAGGUCCUUUUCAAUUUGAUAUAUUCUUCCAAUCGGAAUCAACGCCUGUUCACCUUGAUGUUGAAAGUUUUACAUCAGGUCUUGAAUCUAGCUCUCAGGAAUUUGAUUUGAGAUUUGAGAAAACUUUUGGUUUGAGUGCAAAAGGAUUUGGUGAUAAACAAAUUUAUUUCGCACAAACCAGUUUGAGCAAUUUGAUUGGAGGAAUCGGGUACUUCUAUGGUUCAAGCAUUGUCGAUCGAUCAUUUACAGAAAGUGACGAAGAUGAUGUAGAAUUUUGGUCAAAAUAUCGACAAGUAGAUCCAGAAUUAACAUUACCCUCAGCUUUAUUUACAGCAACUCCAUCUCGGCCUUUUUUUCCUCGUGGAUUUUAUUGGGAUGAAGGUUUUCAUCAAUUAUUGAUUGGUAUAUGGGACAAUGAUUUAAGUCUGGAUAUUAUUAAACAUUGGGUUUCUUUAAUUGACGAUGAUGGAUGGGUCGCUCGAGAACAGAUUUUGGGAGAGGAAGCUCGUAGUAAGGUUCCGGUAGAAUUUCAAACACAAUAUCCUUAUUAUGCGAAUCCUCCUACGUUGUUAUUUGCAAUAAAAGCAUUUAUUGAAAGAGUUGAUGAUGUAGAGAACAAACUUAAUCUCGGUGCAAACGAUCCAGCAAUUAUUUCAUCAAGAUAUAUUUUGGAUAAAGAAUUAGCAAAAAAUUAUUUAGAAGAAAUUUAUCCGAAAUUAAAGUUAAAUUAUAAAUGGUUUAGAAGAACUCAAUCGGGUGAAAUCAAAGAAUGGGGAAGAAAAGCAAAAAGUAGAGAAGCUUAUAGAUGGCGUGGUCGAACUCCUGGGCAUACCAUAACUUCUGGACUUGAUGAUUAUCCUAGACCGACACCACCACAUCCUGCUGAACUGCAUGUUGAUCUUAUGUGCUGGGUUGGAUUUAUGGCAAGAACACUUAAGGAUAUUGCAGAAAGAUUGGGAGAAGAAGAUGAUGCAGAAGAUUUUGGAGAAGAAUAUAAAAAUAUCGUUGCUAAUUUAAAUGAUUUACAUUGGAGUGAGGAACAUGAUGCAUUUUGUGAUUUAUCAGUCGAUGAAGAUGAGGAAUCAGUAUUUGUUUGUCAUAAAGGAUAUUUGUCGCUAUUUCCGAUGAUGUUAGAAUUGUUGCCUAAUGAUUCACCAAAGUUGGGAGCAAUAUUAGAUAUGAUUCAUAAUCCAAAGGAAUUAUGGUCAAGGUCAUUGUCAAAAUCUAAAAAAUUAUUUCAUACGGGAGAAGAUUAUUGGAAAGGAAAUAUAUGGAUAAAUAUCAAUUAUUUAGUAUUAUCUUCAAUAUAUAAAAAUUAUGCAAUUGUUGAAGGUCCUUAUAAAGAAAAGGCAAAGACUAUAUAUGAUGAAUUGAGAAACAAUAUCAUCAAAAAUGAAUUUGAAAGAACUGGAUAUGUGUGGGAACAAUAUUCUGAAAGUACGGGCGUUGGUUUAAGAAGUCAUCCAUUUACGGGCUGGAGCUCAUUAGUAACAUUAAUUAUGGCCGAAAUGUAUUGA